UCGGCGCGUCCUCUGUCGUCAUCGGUAAGCGACUGGUGUUUUCGACCCGCGCGACAAACGCGACAUUUCAGAGCCAGCGGGGAGAGUGCGUGUGUUUAAACGGGAACCUUUCCACGAUGACUUCUCGCUCGUGUUUGUUUUUAUUCAGACGGAGGAUACCCAGAUCCCGCGCGCCGUGUAGCGCUGCCCGAGUCGAGCACGCGCAGACACAGGAAAGAGCUCCGAACAACUCUUUGCGUUUCUCUCCUUCGUUGCUAGGGACCUCUGCGUCGUCAAGCGGAGGCAGACCGGGUUUCUGCAGGAGCUUCACCGCUUCUGCGAGCAGGACUGAAGACAUCGGACAGCUGCAGUCCACGCACUAUCACCUGGUUUACACCUGCAGAGUGUGCUCCACGCGCUCUAUGAAGAAAAUCUCCAAGAUAGCCUAUCACAAGGGGGUUGUCAUCGUGACUUGUCCUGGAUGUAAAAAGCACCACGUGAUCGCUGAUAAUCUGAAGUGGUUCUCUGACCUGGAAGGGAAAAGAAACAUAGAGGAAAUCCUGGCCGCUAAAGGAGAAUCGGUCCGAAGAGUUCAAGGAGACGAGGCCCUGGAAAUAGUUGCGGAGGAAUCGAUAAAGGAGUCUUCAAGAAAUAAUCCAGAUGAUUCGAUACCACAUCUAACCAAUGGUUCAGACAAAACAUGAUUGACAUUUGUCAGUCGUAUGACUGUAUAUUUAUUAUUGUUAUAUUAUUCCUCUAAUAAACCGACAAUCUGAUCA